GCACGAACUCUCAGGCACCCCCAACAAUAAACAUCCAACACAGUACCACGAUCCACGAUCUGCUCCUCUCAGACAAGACAACUACGCUCUGUACUCUUUCUUCGUGUGUGUGCUACGAGCGAAGGAAAGCCAUUCACUUGGUCUCUCGCCCUCGCAUUUGUUGCUGGACUCAGCAAGGUUCAUUAUACUCUAGAUCGAGCACCAAAGGAAACGAACCUCAAGAACGAUUCACGACUCGAGAAAGAAAGAUGCCGUCAAUAGCAGAUAUUCCUCCCUCUCCCAGCACGAGCAAAAAGCGUCGAAGAACAGAGGAUCUUGACUCCUCUAUACGAACGUUCAGUCCGCACACAAUCUACUCCCCUCAACACCCCCGAGAAAUCCUCCCCUACCCGAACAAAAAACGCCUCGACACCAGCAUCAAGCGCCAAAGAAUCGACAUCCCUCCUCUACCACCAGCACAGCCCGCAGAAGACGACUGUUCCGCCCACCUCCCUCUAUCACCCAUCCUGACAACCCAAAAAACCGCAGAAGAACGGAAACAGCAACUUGAUCUAAGUCCCUGCCACAUCUGCCACCGCAAGCCGACGGAGCGGAAACAGCUCGAUGCAUUUGUGGAUUGUGAAGGGUGUGGAGAGCGGACGUGUUUUGUGUGUUUGAGGGAGUGUACUGGGUUGGGGGCCGCGUUGUAUGCUACGGCGGACGGGAAGGGGGAGGGGAUGGGGAUGGGGAUGGUUGUUGAGCGUGUGGGGAAGGGGAGGCCGUGGGAGAGGGGAGGGGGGGAGGAGGCGCUGCAUCGGAGGAGGGUUUGUAGUCGGUGUUGUGUGGAGAAGGGGGUUGAUGGGGAGGUGUGGUGUUUGGGGUGUUUGAGGAUGGAGGAGGGUGGUUGAGGGUGAGUGUCGUUUGGGAUGGUUGGGCUUUUAUUUGGAGGCACGGCGGAUGUUGUGCUGUUCUUGUUAUUAAGGAGGGCAUGUCACAGGAAGAAGACGAUAGUGGGAAGGAAGGAUUCAAGGCCAGGAGAGCCUGGGAACAGAGGUUAGGUAUAGGUUGUCUGCGGGCUAGAAGGGCAGC